AUGGAGCGACUUAUCAAGAAAAGGGAUGGAAUCAAGUAUCAAGUAGAAUGUAUUUAUGACUAUGUGAAAAGUGUUACCAGUGAGGAUGGCGAAAGUGUAAAGACGACCGCUAAAGUUUUGGCAAAGAAAGAUGGUAUGGGAGUACGCAAAGGUCUCGAUGGACGCUUGCUCGCACAACAGUCUAUUUUUGGAUGGAUUAUCACUCGUUCGACUAUCGUAAAGGCAAAGUUGUCUGAUGAUGACAAAGUUUCAGAUGAAAGCAUUAUGCGCGAGUAUCUGGAGUUAGGUCACGCUGAGAAGGUGCCCAAAGAGGAAUUGAAAUCUAAUAACGCUUACUACAUGCCUCAUCACGGUGUCGUGAAAGAGUCCAGCUCUACUACUAAAUUAAGAGUUGUUUUUGACGCAUCUGCCAAGACGUCUACAGGACAUUCUUUAAACGACUGUUUGAUAGUUGGACCGAAAGUUCAGCAAGAUUUAGUGUAUAUUCUGAUGSGUUUUCGUCUACAUCCUGUCUGUUUUUCUGCAGAUAUUGCCAAGAUGUACAGGCAAGUCAUUCUACGCCCUAACGACCGUGAUUAUCAUCGCUUUCUUUGGAGGGAUGACCCGACGCAAGAGGUACAAGAGUACCGAAUGACAACUGUGACAUUUGGUGUGUCGUCAUCUGCGUAUCAUGCCCAACGAUKUUUGAUUAAGCUGGCUGAUGACGAAGCAGAGGAGUAUCCACUCGUCUCAUCAGUCGUAAAGAGAGAUGUGUACAUGGAUGAUUGCUUGUCUGGUGCAGCUGAUUUAUCUUCUGCUUUGAAAACCCAGCAUGACAUGCUAAAAGGCGGAGGAUUUAAUUUGAGGAAAUGGUCUUCAAAUAGUGUUGAGCUACUAAAGGCCUUGCCACAGGAACUUUGUGAAAUGAACAUUGACUUUGAUUUAGACAUUGCACAAUCUAAUCACAUCAUCAAGACCUUAGGAAUGUAUCUUUCUCCAAUUAAAGAUGAUUUUCUGUUCAAGGUGCAACCUAUUGAAAGUUUGUCUGAUGUUCACAGUUUCAACAACUGUUUGUUCCUCUCUGAUUCUUCACGCAUUUUUGAUCCCUUGGGUCUAUUGGCACCCGUAUUGAUAACUACCAAGAUUAUGUUUCAAAGUUUUUGGUUGACAGGAAUUUCAUAG